AUGCGUUCAUUCACCUUCUUCAUCACCUUCAUGGUGAUGACCCUCUUCUACACGCUCUGCAGCGCUGCCCCUUCUCAGACCAAGCUUCCUCUGCAGAUCUCCCGCAAUACCGAUGCUUUGGCAAACACCUCUGUUCCCAGUACACUACCCACAAACCUCACCCUAACGGAUACCGGCGUCUUCAGGGCCAAAAUCCCCGAUUUCGUUAGCCCGGACGUCUGGAAGAACCUGGACCGCUGCUACUACUGGAAAGGCAAUGAGAAGUGGAACGAUGUCGGCGGUCAGUUCUCCCAAUUCGUCCACACGUCUCUCCACAACAUUUGCGACCUCAUCGCCACGUUUGCCUCCAAUGAGGGCUUUAAGAAAGAUCAAACGAUCGACCACUGCAAACAAGUCCCUGCCAACACCCAAGACAAGGAUUACGAACGCAGCAUCGGCGUGUCUCUGACGUACAGGGGCCCUGACUAUGCUUUCAAAGAGUUCAAUGCCAACUACUGCUAUGACCUCUUGGCGAAACCAUUGGGAUGUGGCGCUGGUGGAGAGUUCAUCAUCCAAUACGGAGACGCACACGAGUGGUGGGAGGUCAAGGCAGAUCCAAAUAAGGGUGACUGCUUUAAGAACGGCUACAGCAGUGCCUUAUAG